AUGAUCCCUACCACUUCCUCUACCACUCUCAAGCAAGGAUGGCCCUCAAGUGCUUCUACCUUCUGCAAGCUACUUGAGAUUGAUCUCAGUAUGGACACCAAAUGUCGUGGCUAUAAUACAACCAAGACCAAAGCCCGUUGCACGAUGGGUAUCAGCAAGGCCAACUGCGCCAUUAUCACCCAAUUAGUAGAGCAAAUUGUGCUUAUUCGGAGUUUUUCCGCUGCUAAGUCUAUGCUUGCCCAAGUUGCUCACCUAGUCAUGUGUAAAAGAUACCAUCGGGAUCAAGGACCAGAUCGUCUCUUGCUUUGGGAGAGUAUCUUGAAGCCGCUUGAGGCCGCGAUCAUAAAAAAAGAAGAUGAGGAAAGCAAACCUCUAUUUGAAACUACCACUGGAAAAUUACCUGUCUUCACUUCUGUUGUCGCAGUGAAACAAGAAAUUAUCCCCAAGAACGAAACUCCCAAAUCGAAUACAACCUCCAUUCGGAUAUCUCAGUCCUCCCCUUCAACCCCAUCCGAAGCCUCUCCCAAAUCAAUUCCGGCCAAGCAAGCCGCAUCUACAGACUCAAAGUCUAAGCACGUGUUCGAAAACUAUGGUCUCACUCGCAAUAUAGAACAUAUAAACAAAGAGAUCAAGAAGAAGCUACUCCGUCCCCUAUCAAAAGAAGAGAAGAAACCAGCAGGUCACGUCUAUAUCUACACCUUUCCUGAGUCAUAUCAUGAUGCACAUCCUCAUAUCAAGAUUGGCUACGCCGUAGACGUCAAAGUACGCAUGGCUAAAUGGAAAUCUCAGUGUGGAUACCCCCCUGAAUUGCUCGGCCAGUUCCCAGCCGAGCACUGCGCCAAGGUUGAGAAGCUUGUGCAUGCUCAGCUCUGGAACCAGAGGAAACGAGAGAGGGAUGGCUGUCCAGCCUGUGGUGUUAAGCAUAAAGAGUGGUUCAAAGUUGACACCAUGACUGUGAACAAAAAUAUUGGUCUCUGGACGACUUGGAUGAGACAGCAGCCAUACAAUGAUGACGGAGUUCUGCAGGACAAAUGGCGCGUUAGGAUAGAGGGGUUUGAUAUGACCGAUCCUAGCUGUUGGGAAUACCUUGCUAAAGGCGUUUUUGACGAAGAUGCAGAAGAGUCGAAGCUUACUGAGGAGGGUGACAGUUUCGCUUGGUCAAGUGACGAGCAAUCUGAAUUUUCCGAGGACGAUAUUGAAGAGGUUGACACUGAUGAUUCUGGUCUAUACUCUACCGAUGAUGAAGAUGAAGAUGAUGAAGAAGAAGAUGGCGAUGGACAAGACGACUACGCUACUUCCGAAGACGAGGAAUGA